AUGCCUGCUAUGUAUUCAGCCCUCAGUGGUCGGGCCGCUGACAUGGCCCCGCACCUGGUCAAGCGCAGUCUGACCGUGAACCAUACUCAGGCUGUUACCCUAGGGAUUAUGGCCGUGUAUGUCGUGGUGAUUGCACUUUUGUGGAAUCUCCCAUAUGUUCGGUGGUCACUGUGGCCGUUCAAGAUGCUGGUCAUCGCCUUCCAUGAGUUUGGCCAUGCGAUCACCGCGUGCUGUACGGGCGGGAGAGUCAAGUCCAUCUCUCUCGAUCCUCAUGAGGGCGGCGUAACCCAUAUGCAAGGCGGUAUCAGUGCCGUUACCUUGCCGGCCGGGUAUCUGGGCUCAUCCAUCAUCGGCGCAUUGCUGAUCUUUGCGGGAUUUGACAUUGUCGCCAGCAAGAUUGCGAGUAUUGUUCUUGGGGUCUGCUUCCUUCUGACUCUGUGGUGGGCCCGGCGAGACUGGUUGACCAUCAUGACGAUUCUUCUUGCGGUGGGUCUGCUGGUGGCAUGUUGGUUCAUCGCUCACGGCGAAGCAUUGAGAUGGGUAGUGCUCUUCAUCGGGGUCAUGUCUGCGCUCUACAGCGUCUGGGAUAUUUGCGAUGAUCUUGUCCUGCGCAAGGUGAACUCAUCCGAUGCCAGCGUGUUUGCUAGCAAAUACGGAGGCUCCUCUCAAUGCUGGGGUGUCAUCUGGUCCAUUAUCUCCCUCUUGUUCAUGGCAAUUGGUAUCAUCGGUGGAAUUGCGGCCUUCCCCCAAUCAUUCAGUGAACAGGAGAAUGGCUCCAAGCAUUUCAUUCCCACCUAG